CCACGCGCGAUGUUGAACCAAGACGUGAUUCAAGAGAUCCUCUCUCAUUGUUCAGCGACGGAGAUUGCAAGAUUCCGUCUACAAAACAAAGAGUGCAACAAACGAAGUUACGAGUUGAGAUUUAUCGAUCAUCAUCUCCAUAAAGCCAACUCUGUUUUCGGCUAUUUUGCUCAUUACGAGGACAAAUGGUCUAGGUAUCACCCCCGUUUCGUCCCCGGCGUUGAAGCAGAACAAGAAGACAAAGAAGAUAAAACCCAAAUCUCGCUUCAGUUUCUUCCUCGGAACAACACAAAGAUCAAAGCUUGUGAUACACAUCAUGGGAUUUUGCUCUGUAUCGGUGAUAGGUUUAAAGAAGCGAAAACAAUACCAGAGUACAUCGUUUGUAAACCUGCUACAAAGCAGUUCCGGAUCAUACCAAACCCUAAAACUCGAUAUCUGACGAUCGCAACCGGUUUAAUGGUGAUUUCUUUGACUCCGUUUCGGUAUAAGAUCAUUAGGGUUUCUGAACCAAGGAGAUGGACGACAAAGGAGGGUUUCUAUAAUCACAACUGCGAGGUCUUCGAUUCUGAUACCUUCGCGUGGAAGCGACUGAAUGAUUUCGAGUUAUCAGAGUUUUUCCCGAGAGAAGCUAUACCGGUAUCAGCAUACGGUUUCUUGCAUUGGUUAACAAGGAAGAACAACGUGAUCCGGUUCUGUAUGCGAACCGAAACUUGGUCUAUUUUCUCUGUUCCGGACGUACUAUUGGACGAUAGCAGUCUCAUCUUGGUCAGCUACGAAGGAAAGCUAGGUGUUACUCAACAUUCGGAAUCAAGAAACGGAGCUGAGUUAUGGGUUUUGGAGAACAGUUUGAGAAAGUCUUGGGUAAAAGUGGAAGACGCAAAAAUUACAGCGUUGAAUGAUGAAUAUGCACAACCCUUUUGGUUCCCAAGUAGCGACGUCGUAUCAUUGGCGGCUAGUGAUCGGUUCGGUCUCUACAACAUGAAUAGCAACAACUGUCGAUAUUUGCAUAAGAAUGAAGCUUUUUUCUCGUCCGGCCACCCACCCAGUUCUCAUCUUAUACCUUUCUACUCAAACUACGACAGAGUUUGUUUGCAUAAAGAUGAAGUUGAAAGAAAAGAUAAGAAAGAAGUGAGAGAUGAAGAGAGUUUUUUUCCCGUUCGGCUACUCACCAAGUUAUGGUUUUACCCCUUUCUAUUAAAACUACGACAGAGCUUGUUUGGAUAA